AUUCCUGUAGUGCUUCUCGAGGUGUUCGCUUUAAAGCUCUCUCCCUUAUCCCGAAGAAAAAAAAAAUCGGUUCACGAGUGUUAAAGUUCCUCCUAUGGCAACUGUUCUGCAAGCUAUGACUUUAGGGCAAGCUAAUAAAAUGUACAACGUUAUCCAGCAACAUUCACCCACGCAAACUAAUUGUGUUAUCGUAUCAACUGGGAUGACGACGGCCGCCAAGUCUGUCAUUCAAGGAAAAAGACCUUUGGCGCCGGCUACUGAAAGAUCUUCAGUCUUGGUGACCAACAACAACGAUCUCAGGUGUAAAAGAAAAAUCCAAUUUGUACCUUACGGUGGUCCAACUCAACAACCGGCUUCCGUGGCAAGAAGAAAUGCGAGGGAAAGAAAUCGUGUUAAGCAAGUCAAUAAUGGAUUUGCCACAUUAAGACAACACAUUCCCCCGUCUGUUGCUCAAGCGUUCUCCCCUACCAAUUCUUCUUCAUCAAGAGGUGCAAGUAAGAAACUAAGCAAAGUUGAGACUUUGAGAUUAGCAGUGGAGUACAUUAGAAGUCUUCAACAGAUGAUCGAAGAUCAUGAAGCUGAAUUAGGAAAUGGUACUUCAAACGAAAACAUUCAAGAUAAUCGAUUUUAUAAUAACUCCCCUGAUAUGCAAUACACAUAUCUUUUACCAACCCCGGCAUGUUCGGAAGCUUCAGCUUCUCCAACCCCUUCACACCAUAGUUCAGACGGUUCGAUUUCAACGACGUCUUUUAAUUCAAAUCUUCACCUUAUUCAACAAAACGACUAUGAAAAUUACGACCCACGAAGUCCUGAAGAUGAGGAGUUAUUAGACGCUAUUUUUCAUUGGCAGCAAGAAUAACUUUUCUUCAGUUUAUCACGAGAAUCAAGGCCAGUCCAAAUAAACGCACCAAACCUUACGAAAAAUCUCAACGUAACCAAGUGCCUUUUUCAUCAUUCCAACAAAAAAAUAAUCGAACGAAAAAAAGUGAUAUUUUUACGUAGAGUGAAAUCCUAUUUUUGUUACUGUCUCUAAGAGAGUAUCAUUGUUAAAUUUCUAGUCAAUUUUACAUUUUGUACAUAACAUUGUAAAUAUUGUUUAUAUACAUUUUUAGCAUUUUAAGGAUCCUAAUUGUUUUUUUUUUUCUUAAAAUAAAACUUUGUUUCGCGAAUUUUUCAUCUUAGAAUUAGAACGAAACGCAGGAAUAUACGUACUGACUUAUUUUAUUCCUGACUAAUUACCUUUUAACUUAUUAGGUUGUAAAAGCUCUUUAAGUUACUAUUUCUUUGUAGUACACGACUCGUGCCUUAUUACGAACACGUUUAUAAUGAAAACGGUUUGAAUCAAAAAAAGACUUAUUUAUUUUUAUUAGCGUUUAGAAGAAAACGAUAAUUGUAACGCGAUUUUUGUGUAUGUACUUUUAUACACAUCUCUUUAAAACGAAAUACAAGUUUUUAUUUUAGAUAAUUAUAAAA